UAACGUUAUAAUAUAAGGAAUUUGUUUAAGUCCCGUGCUUAAACAGUAUAAUUUUUAACCCCUGGUGUCUUUCGCUUUAGGUCCGUUCGCGAUUUGUAUUGUUUGAUUUUUGAGCAAUACUUACGACACUGCACGCUGCUGGCAUCGCGCAGGGAAAUAAUGGAACUGAGUUAGUCGUCGUCCAAGUCAGACUCGGAAAACAUGGCUGGCAUUUGUCCCCGGGAAGCGGUUCGAGUGAAAGUGAAGAAAUGCGAACCCCCAGCACGGCCGGAGUGGCGCAAGUUCUCCGUGGAUCCCCAGAUCACCACACUGGAGGUUCUAUACUCCCUACUGGCCAAGGCCUUCGACGUCAAGUCGGACUUCUCCAUCAAAUACAAGGCCUUCGAUCCGGCAGGCAAUGAGAUUUACCUGGCUGUGCGCUCCGACUGGGAUUUGGAUGCCGCCUUCCUGCGGAUCCACAACAUAUCCAUUCAGACGGCCUCGGAACCCUGCCUCAUCCUGCAGAUCGACGUAAAACCCUUUACCGUGGUCAGGGAAUGCGAGUCGGAGGCGUCGCCUGGACGAUCUUCAACGGGAGCACCUACUCCCGCCACUCCUGCUCCUCCUGCGCCCGCCCGCGAACUAAUGUCACCUCUGCAGUCCUUAGGAGUCUCCCAGAAGUACGUGCAACACAUGCAGACCAAACUGGGGAGCUCCAUCUUAAACCAGAUGGAGAAGACAUUCUCCAUCGUGCAGAAGGCGUUCAACCUGUCCGAUGAGCACAUGGCCAACCUACCGCCACGGCCGCCUAUGUGUGAUAGCGAGUUCCGGCUGUUCCUGGACGCCUUGGGACAGAUACAGCGCAAGGAUGAGCUGCACAGGGUCAUCUUCCUCGGCGGUAUUGAUCCCAGCCUGCGGCGUGUGGUGUGGAAGCACUUGCUCAACGUUUAUCCCGGUGGAGUCAAUGGUCUGGCUUUAGAUGGCCACCAGCGGAUGGAGUUUAUGCGUCGGAAGUCCGAGCAGUAUUGCCGACUGAGGGACACCUGGAAGGCGGCCGUGAAGCGUGGCAGUGUGGCCGGCGAGCUGGCCUACGUGACCAGCAUGGUAAAGAAGGAUGUGCUACGCACAGACCGCCUGCAUCCCUUCUACGCGGGCAGCGACGACAAUCAAAAUAUCGCGGCGCUCUUUAAUAUCCUGACUACUUAUGCUCUGAACCAUCCGACGGUGUCGUACUGCCAGGGCAUGUCGGACAUUGCCUCUCCGUUGCUGGUAACCAUGAACGACGAGGCGCAGGCCUACAUCUGCUUCUGUGCCAUAAUGGCACGGGUGCGGGGCAACUUCAUGCUGGACGGGAUUGCGAUGACGCAGAAGUUCGCGCAUCUGACGGAGGCGCUAAGCUUCUACGAUCCGGAGUUCUGGGAGUACCUCAAAUCGCAGCAGGCGGACGACUUGCUCUUCUGCUAUCGUUGGCUCCUGCUGGAGCUGAAGCGGGAGUUUCCCUUCGAGGAUGCCCUGCGCAUGCUGGAGGUGCAGUGGAGUUCGCUGCGCUACAGAAGCGGCGGCGAGAAGGAGCUACCGCUCUUCGAAAAAGAGUUUGUACCUAUUUCUGAUUGCUCCAUGCCCAAUAGUGCUAGCACGUUUUCCAGUUCGUACAGCGCCACGCCGACAAGCCCAUCCUAUCUGUUGACAAAGCCGCGCGAGAAUCCCUACACUAAAGUGUGCGCCUUGCGUCGCCAGAGCUCCUCGGCGUCACUAAGCUCACUUAGCUCGUCGCUGGGAACGGGUCAUGCCCUGGACAAUACGAAACGGCUGAAUCACAGCCUCGACGACAAUAUGUCGCGCCAUGCGACCGCCGCUGCUCGCCGGCAGAGACGCACCUCAUCCAAGGUUCACCAGAGUCUGGACGAGUCCAAAAUGCUAGCGCUGAUUGAAGGCGCCAUGGAGAGCACGAAGUUUGCACAAGACUUGUCCGCCGGCGAGGAAACCGAAGAUGAUGAUGUAUUCGAUAGGAAGGACUCGCCAAGUUUUCUAGAAACCAAUCCAUUUAAGGAUGAUGCGCAGAGAGCACCAGAAAAAGUCAGCGAAGCCACACCUCCCGUCUCGCCAGGACGAGCCUUUCUUUGCAGUACUUCCUCCUCCAACUUUGACGAGGAUAAUCUCGAGAGAAAGUCAAAGUUGCAGCACAACAACAUUCUUGCCGUGAGUAAUAUCAUCGCCAAGCAGCUGGUGACGAAUGCCAAUCAAGUGAGCGAGAGUGUCAAACGAGUGAGCAACUCCAGUGGCGGUCACUUUAAGGAUCUCAAAGAAAAGCUGGCGGCGACCAGUCGCAUUGGACUUUCCUUCGACGGAGAAGGGGAGGACGAUGGCGAAAGGAAGAUGCCGCCAAAACUGGUGAAGAACUUCAACGAAUUCCUCAAUUUCGCAACCAUUAAUAAGAAUCGUAUAUCCGAUCGCUUUGCUACUCAACCGCAGCAACCAACGGCUCCGACUUCAGUCACAAAACCGGUGGUGCAGCUAACGAAGAGCGGACUGGGCAGCUCCCUAGAUGAAUCCGAUUCCUCCUCGCUGCCGGAGACCAGCUGGAGCGCAUCCACAGCCGCAACGGCCAUUCAGCAGGCGCAGGAGUUGAGCAGUUACAACCUGCAGCUAGACCUGGAGAGCAAUCACCAAUGCGAUCCUGACGAUACAAACACGCCGGAUCAAGAUCAAGACCCUGACCAGGAGUACUACCCCAUGACAACGGCCAUAACGCGAGAACUUCGCCUAGAGGCCGAGAAUCUGGAUCGUCAGGUUUUCGGACUGCCCUUCACGGAGUGCGAAAAACGGGAUAAUAUCGAGUACGAGAAGUUGGACAAGGACGCACUGGAUCUGGUGGAGGACCUGAAGGAGAACGAAAUCAUCACCUGUCCGGAUGUCAGCGAGCUUCACAUGCGUCGUCGUCAGCGACUGGCGGCCAAGAGCAACAGCGUCCAGCAAAAUGAGUCGCAUGCCUUCAAUCCUUUCAUCGACGAAAGCCAACUUAUCAUAGAUGGGCACACUCCACUAGGAAUGCGCAAUAGCAGCAGUCUACCUGAGGUGAUCCUGCCCAUUUCCACGGAGCCCAAUCUGGUAGAGGUAUCGCCUUUGGUGGAGAUCGCCACGAAUGCGGAUGACGAGAGCGCUUACACGCGAUCCCCUCAGCGAUCAACCCAUUUAAAUGGAGUCAGUGGACUGAACGCCACGGCGGCUGCACUGCCUCCGCCCUCGGAAUUCGGUGGAGGCAAUGCCUUCCUCAUGUUCCUUUGCCUCACCCUGCUGCUGCAGCACCGUAACACGAUCAUGAAGGCCGGCAUGGACUACAAUGAGAUAGCCAUGCACUUUGAUAAAAUGGUAAGGAAACACGAUGUAACCAGGGUGUUAAAUCAGGCCAGGCGCAUGUUCGUGGAUUACCUCAAGGCUCAGAGCAACCCGCAGCGCCAGCGAUCUCCCAGUGGGACUGUGUCCACUGGAUCCACGGCCGCUAACUUGACUGCUUCAAUGCCGGCGUAAGGUGAUGAUAAUCCUGCCCAGCUCCUGUGAAACCUUAGUAUCUCCACAGUUUGGACUACCAGUUUAGUAAACCAACCUCCUGAGUAUCAAUCUCUUUGCUGGAUUUUAAUAUAUUUUUAAAUAUUUAUGAUUUUACUGAACACAAUUUUUGUAUUUUGACUUUAACUAUCCAAAUUCAAUUUUAGACUUCUCUCUUAUAACUUUUUAUGUUGCACUCAUUACUUUAUAAAUUUAGUGACAACUUUACUCAAUUUAUCCAAAAACUUAUAAGUUCAAGUGACUAUUACUAGGAGUAUUCUUGGUCAAGGUAUAGAGCAAAAACAAAGGCCCUUGUUGGUAGAACCCCUCAUUGUCAAACCAAAGUCUUCUUUUUUGUACGUAAACGGAUUUUGUACUUUCUUAUUUAAAUUUAAGCCUUUAUUUAUAUUUAUUCAUAUGUGUAUUUGCACUAUUGCCAAAUGAUCAAAUGCGUAAUGUGUUUGGUUGAAAAUCGCUUUAUUUCACUAGUCUGCUAAAGCAUUCCAUGCUCUUGUAAAGAUUAUUUUUUAGACUUGAAUCGCAGCUAAAUAUUACUUUAUGCAAUUAAAUUGACGGAGAACCUAUAACCCAA